AUAUAUAAUAUAUAUAAUUAUUAAAUUGAAUCUUCUGUUACUAAAUUGCAAUAGCGAAAUGUGUACAAAAAAUAUGGAAUUGAAUCAUGUAAUCAAAGAAUUGCAAACACAUACAGAAGACACUGUUAUUUUCAGAAAAUUGAUAAACUUUGCUUCAUCAUGCAAAGAAUCCUGGGAUAAUGAACAUUUGAAACAAUGGCAACCAGUACAUAUACAUAUUAUAGAAGCUUUUAUCUUAAAUACAGAAAAUAGAGAAAGAAGUUUGUUGGCUUCCCAUACAUUUUUUGCUUUACUAUCAAUUCAAUCUAACUUAUCAUUUCUAAAAGAAAUUUUUAUAAGUUUUCUGAAUUCUAAACGCAAUGAAGUAUACAUUUUUGAUAAAAGAUAUAAUAUCGUUGAAAAUGAACUAUUUAAACUGAUUUGCGCUUAUGGAUAUUUGCAAGUAAAUCACAAUGAAAUAUAUUCUAAUGAUAUCUUUUUCCUCAUUUUCGAUGUUAUAUUCGAUCACUGUAUAAGAUAUACUAAACAUUCUUAUUUUGCGUAUAAAAUAUUAUGUACGUGGUUGCAAAGAACUAUAAACACAACUUUUUGGAGCACAUAUUCGGAAAUAGAGCAAAGACUUGAAAUGAUUAUUUUUUCAAAUUGGUGUAAUGCUAUUAAUGACAUAAGUAAACAAAAUUCAGCACUUAUUUUUAAUAUGUACCUGAAAAUAAUGGGAAAAAAAUAUGACAGAUAUUUGGAGUAUCUGUUUAAGUAUUGUGUCGAUACAAUUUCUUGGCAGAACGAAAUAAAAUAUGAUAUACUCGCGGAAAUUUGCGAAAUUUGGGACGAAACUAAAAUUAUUACAUCCCGUGAUUUUUUAUUUUCUUUGUGUAGUAGCUUAACAAAAUAUUAUUUGCGGUCGCCUGGUACUAAAGUUUAUCUUGCGAUUGUAAAAAAAUUAAGCGAAAAUGAAUGGAAAAAAGCCUUUGGACAUAUAAUGAAUUAUCUGUUUCACCAUUGGGAAUCAAAUGAAAAUCACAAUGUCCUUCAGUUACUCUGCAAACAUUGGCUUGAACCAGUUGUUAAAAAGUACAGAAAUCUUUUACCUUAUUUGUGGAAUUUAAUCACAGAUAUAAGAGAACAUAUUUUACGUUCACAUCUUCAAAAAAUGGCUUGUGAAAUGCACAUUGAUCUUCCACAACAAGCAGAGAUUGAAUGUUAUUUAAAUCAUAAUAAAGAAAUCGUAAGAUUGAAUGGAUUUGCCAUAAAUUGUUACCAAGUAAACAAAUUGUACAAUGAAAAUAAAGAUCGGUUUUUUACCAUAAGAAGUUUUCUAUGGCAUAAUGCAAAUAGUACAACAGUCUACAUGAGAAAUGGGAUUGUGAAAUAUUUUAAAAUAUUUUAUACUAAUGUUCUAAAAAUGUGUGAUAAUAAUCCAGACUGCAUACAUGAUGUGUAUUAUAUUACACAUUGGUUACAUGAAUUCUUUUUAGAUUGUUUCGAAAUUGGUUCUUGUUAUCAAAGAAAAAUUCUUGGUUUAAAUUUAUAUAGAACUAUACUUUCAUUUACCAAUGGGUUUCUGAUAAAUAAGACCAACAAUGUUGAAAAUAUUUUGUCUAUUUCAUCACUAGAAAAACAUUUAAUAACAACUGGAAAUUGGAAAUUCACAGACAAAAAGAGUUUAUUUAUCUUAUUAAGACUUGUAUUGGAUUCUGCACUUGAUGUCAAACAAUUAGCUACCUCUAUUAUUCUUAAUUAUUUCAAUAAAGACAUCUUAUCUGAUGUGGAGAAACAAGUAUUAUUUUACACGGCGUUGAAAACUUGUAAUUCUUCCAAAUUCUAUGAAAUCGAAAGUGGUGCGGCUCUUAUGUCAAUUUUAAUACACUGGCUACCUUUGAAUACUUUACGAGAUUAUAAGAAUUAUGAUUGUUUGAAAUAUUCAGAUUUCUUGUUUAAUGAAGCUAAGAGUCAGUUAACACAAAUGAAAGAUGAUGUAUUAAAAGCAAUUGUUCAAAAUAAACCAUUUUAUGGCGUGAUGACUGCUUUAUUGAAUAUUGCUUUUCAAAAUUGUCAAAAAAGUUCUGAUAUAUCUUCCGAAUUCAUUGAAAAAGUGUUGUAUCUAUUAGAAGAUGCCACAGAUUUCUUUCUAUACAUACUUUCUUCAAAAUCGGAAAAUACAGAAUAUUCAUCAUCGUUCGCGGAAAUGGGAUUAGCCAUUAAUGAAACGAUUAAAAACAGUGAGAUAGAGAACAUCAAUUUCGAUGAUUUAAAUUUAACUUCUGCGCAUCAUGUGCUCAUUUCUUGCAUUUGGAUGUCUUUAAAGGUCUGCUGUGAAAUAGCUUGUGAAAUAGGUACAUUAAUGCAUUGCGAUGAUAUGGUUAAGCGUUCCGCCAAUAUCAUCGUUACUGUAUUACUUAGAUGUAGACACAAAGGAGUGGUGGAAGCAGCAGGUACAGCAAUAGGACAACUAACUAGAUGUUUAUGUAAAGAAACUAAGUAUUCUAAUUUACCAAAAACACAUAUAUUACGUAUAUUAGAAGAUGGUUUUAUGCAUUCUUUAAACAUCACCAGAAGGGGUGCUGGAUUGUCAAUAAUGUUUCAUAGAAUUGUCGUUAGCGAUAAUCGGCGAGAUAGACCCCUUUUGCAUUUUGCGGUACAAAAAUUAUUAGACCUGUUGAGUGACAUUUCUGAUGACAAUUUAAUCAGUAUAGAGUCACAGCACGAUUCUCCGUGGGCAAGACGUUUGCACUUUUUACGGGCUUUAGUAGCCGAUAAAGAAAUACACGCACAGUUAACUCCAUAUAUGGAGAAAAUUUCUCUGACUUGUUUCAAAUAUUUGCAAUCAGAAAUAUGGACUGUCAGAAAUGCAAGUCUACAAUUAUUUGGUUCCAUAGUUCCAAGAUUAAUAGGUCAAAGUUAUGGAGACAAGUUAGAUUUUGGAAAUGGUUAUUCAAUUAAUCAUUUUGUUACGCAUUAUCCGGCCCUUGCAGAUCAUGUCAUGAAAGAAUUGUAUAAGUUUUCGUUUACGUUUACGAAGUUUUCUACUGCUUUAUAUUUACAUUCAAAUAUCGUUCACAUUCUUAUACUCCUUUCGAAAUUUUCAUGCAGUGCUUGUAAUUUAAUUGAUUAUUCCUCGCAAGAAUAUUUGUCAAAGGUGAAACGUUUACUUUACGUACUAUUUGAAAAUCCUAUCUUGUAUGUCAGAUUUUUAGCUGCAAAAGCAUAUGCGGCAUUAACAAAUUUCUUACAAAUUGAAUUCGAACUUAAGAAAUUAAGGUACGACAUUUCUUCAUGUCACAAUGUUAAUUUAAUUCAUGGUUAUUUGUUAACUAUAAAAUUUCUCAAGGAAAAAUUAUCCGUUGAAAUCGAAAGUAUGAAUUUAUAUUCGAAUUAUGAAUUUAUGUUCAAACGAUACACGUGUCAUGCAUCAGAGCAAUCUGUAGAAUUGCUACGAUUUCGAGAAAUAAUACAAAUUUGGAGAAGUGUGUCCAAAGGAAAACAAAAUACUUCACAAAUAUGUUAUAUAAUAAAAGUGCUAUUUUUACAAUCAAAAGAAUUUAUUUCUGGCGAGAUCUCUGAUGAAGAUGUAUUUACUUUUAACGAAAAUAGAUCUCUACUCUCUUCUGAGAAAAUAAAACCAGGAUUUUUUCAAUUUGUAGAUCUUUUUACAAAGUUGUAUGCCAACUAUGUAAAUCGCACGAAUAACGUUAAUAUUGAUAUUUUACAUAAAAUUUUGUACUCCCCUUGCAUCGAUCAAGGUAUUUCUUUUUUAAAUCAUGUGUCAUGUAGUAUUCCAAUUUUAAAAAUUGUGCUCAAAUGUCUAUUGCUGAAUGAAUAUGAUUAUAAUGAAUUACUUUUAAACGCAAUGAUAAACUACUCUUUGAAAACUUUGAAGCAUUGGCCUCUACUAGAUAUAAGUGAAUUAGAAAUUCAGAAAGUAAUAGAAGAUCUGUUUAUUGAAAAACUAGAAACUGUAAGAUAUUCUAAUUUAUGGAUUUUGAAAUGCAUAUUGAGAAUCUUUUCUCGAAAUGAGAUAAUGAUAAACGAAGUACUGUCUCAGGCACUUGAAUUAAGUGUUCACGAAGAAGAACAUACGAGGCGAAUAGCAGUUGAACUUACGAAAUUCGCAGCUUAUCGAUUUGCAGAAUUAACAAGUAAAAAUAAAUUAACCAUUUUACAUUGCUGUUUAAUUCUACUGAAAGAUGAAAUUACAGAGAUACGUGAAGUUAUUAUUGAAAAUCUAAAGAUGCAUGUUCUACAGACAAUUAACAGUGAAUAUGAAAGUUUAGGGCACGAUGAAUUUAUAUAUCAAAAAUUAUUAUCCGAAGUGAUACUUGAAAAAUUAAAUUUUCCUAUGGAUAAUGAUAUGAAUCUAUUUUUCGUAAAAUUGUUCACACACAGUAUUAAAAAUUUUGAUAGCAACACGAUUAUUGAAAAUCCUUUUUACCAUGAUGAUAAUCCUUUUUAUAGAGAAGAGUCGAAGUUUCUAAAUCUUUGUUUUUAUUACAUGAAACGAAAAAAGCACGGUCAUAAUAAUAACCUUAGUGUGAUAGAAUACGAUAAUGGAAUGCAUGAAUCGAAAUAUCAACUACAAAAAGAAUGUUAUUUCGAUGAUACUAAUUUAGAAGUUGUUUUAAAUACUAAAUAUGUAGAUUAUUUAUUAAUGAAACAAAAACUUGUAAUACAGAAUUAUAGAUAAUAAUAUGUAAUGUACAAUUUUAAUGAAAUAAAUGAUAAGCAAUAA